UCUACAAAAAGUGGCCUAUCAUUUAAUACCGACUAUCGAAAAGUGAGGUUCAUUACUUUCCACUAGUACCUUGGAAUUUGGCCCUCUCACGUCUCAUACCACAUUAUACUAAAUAUACAAGCUCACUCCUCCUAAUUGCAGACUAGUCUUUUCACCUGUGGAGUCUUCAACAUUUAUAUCUCUACUUUCUAUUCGAUAAUCGGCGACGAAACGCACACAUCCGCGUAGACACAUCACAGAUAGUGAAGAAUCUUCCUGGCCCCUUGAAGUACUCAAGUUGUAUAACCUUGAUCCUCCUUAUUAAGUAGAAAUACCUCUUUAAGCGUCGCUGUAACCCUGCACACAAUCCAUACGACGUACAAUCUCAUCGGGACGUCACAUAUACGUCUUACACUAUACACCGCCUACAGAGUAUAAGAUGGCUACCGAAUCUGGAAACCGUCCUCAGACUGGCCCUGUGCAAUGUGUAGGACCCGACUACCGCUCGCCUAGUCAGAAGCCCAUUGCCACCGUCUCAACGGAGGUCGAACAUGACAACGUUAUCACGUUACCCCAGACACCACAGCUCAUCGCAUUACUCACGAAGAUCCGCGACAGGAAAACGGAACGAGCAGAUUUCAUCUUCUACUCCAACCGAAUCAUUCGUCUCCUUGUCGAGGAAGGGUUGAACCAUCUGCCCGUCGUUGAGCAUACCGUGACUACUCCUGUUGGCCGCACAUACAAUGGGCUCAUGUUCCAGGGGAAGAUAUGCGGUGUCUCCAUCAUGCGGGCUGGCGAAGCCAUGGAGCAGGGUCUCCGAGACUGCUGUAGGUCAGUGAGGAUCGGCAAAAUCUUGAUCCAGCGAGACGAGGAGACGGCAAAGCCGAAGCUGUUUUACGACAAGCUGCCCGAGGAUAUCGCCGACAGAUGGGUUCUUUUACUCGACCCAAUGUUUGCAACAGGCGGAUCCGCUAUUAUGGCUGUCGAUGUCCUAAAAUCCCGUGGUGUCCCAGAGGAAAGAAUCCUCUUCCUCAACUUAAUUGCCAGUCCGCAGGGGGUGCAGAAUUUUGCGACCAAGUUUCCCAAGCUUCGAGUCGUCACAGCAUUUAUUGACCAGGGCCUUGACGAAAAGAAUUACAUUAUUCCAGGUCUGGGCGAUUUCGGUGAUCGAUUUUACACCAUGUAGGGCAAUAGUCACAAUUACAAAGCACAGUCAAAUUUAGGAAAUAAUACGUAGAAUUCAGUGUUUAUUGCCAUCUGAGACCAUGUUGGCUCUAUUCAUUAUGCAAAUAGCAAUUCAAACCAGCCACUCUAGCAGAUGACAUGACUUACGGAAAACCGCAGAUAGCCAUAGUCAGACCGGGGGUAUGAAAAACGUGAAGAUCAUGGGCAUCAUGAAUGCUUAAUUGUUCCGGUCCGCAGUGGCUGGGCGAGAGGGGGCUUUGUUCAUCGAAGAUCUAGGCUUCGCUCAGUCCUCUUCCUCGUCAGGAACAAUGCCUUCACCCUCAUAACCUUCUUCAGCGUCGUCCUCAUAACGACCGGCAGCUGGCUGUUUAGGUCCUG